UUUUAUAAAAUAUUACAAGCGACCAACCCGUCCGAUCGCAAUUGCGAGUUGGUCAGAAAAAUCAAACUGUAAAUAUAAUCGACCGACCAGAGAUUGGUAUAAAAAAGUGUUUGCAUCUGUUUCAAUACAAACACGACCGUCCGACCGUGACUGUUCACGGUCGGUCAAAUAGAUUAAUGUGAGAAAAAAAACAAGAAACUGUAUAAAUACCACGCUCCCCAGAAGCACACAGCAAUAUUACAUUUCGUCUCGCUUGUCGCACCCAGAAGAGGUUAAACUUCUGCUGUGUUGUGUACACACGUGGUCCUCGUCGAACCUACGCCGCCGAUACCCCGCACCAUCGAUCGAGAUCCACAAGAGCGCGGGUUGUCAACAUGUCCGCUUCGGAUUUUUCAGAUGUUCCGACGCUCAGGUUUGUAAAACUGUCCGAGCGCGCCACCACCCCGACUCGCGGAUCCGCUAAAGCGGCGGGAUUUGAUCUGUACAGGUGUGUGUUAUUCAUCUUUAAAUGCGCGGAUUUGUUUUCCCGUAUAAAAUCUUAAUGUUUUUUUUUCUCAGCGCGUACGAUUACUCCGUCGGAGCCAUGGACAAGGUCGUCGUGAAAACGGACAUUCAAAUCGCUGUUCCUGAGGGGUAUUAUGGUAGAGCGGCGCCGAGGUCGGGCCUGGCGGCAAAAAAUUUCAUCGAUGUGGGAGGAGGCGUCAUUGAUGGAGACUAUCGAGGAAAUCUAGGCGUAAUACUCUUUAACUUUGGCAAGGAGACAUUUGAGGUAAAAAAGGGCGAUCGAAUUGCUCAACUCGUCUGUGAGAAGAUCUGUUAUCCGAAAUUGGUCCAAGAGAAGACUCUCGAUGUAACCGAGCGUGGCUCCCGAGGCUUAGGAUCAACUGGACGCAACUAAAAAAAACAAAACCG